AUGGAAGGAGCCGAAAUGGGGAGACAGCACAGUGACAUCCCGUUUCCCUCUUUUACUGCCGAUGCAGGGCAACCAACUGUCUGUUUAAAUGUACUCACCUACCAGACGAGAGAAGCAGAGGAGGAAAUGACUCAGACAGAACCCUCAAUGAAGAAGGGAGCUAAUACCCAUGCCUCCCUGCCAAUCAAAGAAGGCCCAACGGCCCCGCAUACUUCUAUACCGAUUUCCUCUCCUUCUCCAUCAUUAUCAGCAACAGCACAUGAAGAUUACAAUGCGUGUCGGUUGGCGCCUAAUCUAGGCAGGAUUGGUGGAGCAACGACACCCUUGGCGCUUGAGCACUGCGCUUCACCGGUUGGAUCUCUGUUCAAAGCAACCAUUCUGCACAUGGAUCACAGAAGGUUGAGGAGACAACUAAACGGCGUCCGCACAAAACGUCCGCAAAAGCGAGUCCUCUUGAUGUGCUGUUUUUGUGUUUUUCUUCUCGCGGGGAAAACUGCCUUUAUUGAGAAGGAGGAAGGUGCAUGGAAAUUCGGCCUCGCCCUACAUUAUGGAAGAAUUGAAGAGAAAGCCGCCGUUGUAGCGGCUGCCGCUGCUGCUGCCGCCGCUGCUGCUGCUGCUGCCGCGGCAGUAGCAGCAACAGCACUCUACGAGAGUGGGGUUUGCCUGGAAAUGGACCGUUUGAUUGGGAGCUGCAUCGAGGUAGAAGAUGUCCUCCAGCUGCUCGUUAGCCAUAGGGGUGCCUUGUACGUGCAAAACCUCGUCACCGCCAUCAAAGCACUAGCCGAGCUGACAACGAGGGCGGGACCUCAAGACACGGCAGGUGGUGGGAAGAGGGGCCCGCUUAGGGAGCACGGGGCUGAAGUUGGGCCUCAACAGCAACGGGAGGAGGAGCAGCAGCACCCGCAUCCCCAGCAAGAAGACCAGUGCGAAGAGAGCAGCCGCGCUCAUUCGAGUACUGCACUACAAGGCCCUCGUAUGAGGGGCCCCCAGCCCCCUACGUGGCCGCGAGACGGCCGUUCCUUCGCUGCCUUCUUCGCCGCCCUUUCCACGGAGGAAGCUCAUGCAGAACGGAUUCACUCCCAGCGUAAUGAAGCAGAGGAUCUCCUUAGAGACCCGAGGUAUCACCUUCUUCUUCAGGAUUUGAGGACGCAUCGUCGUCUCCUUACCUUUCAGGCAGCCGCAGAAGUCGCCCUCUCUCUCAGGGCCCUUCGGCAUCCGCAUUACCCCCUACUCUCUGCCCUCAUUCCUCCCCUGACGAGAGGAGCACUCCCAGCGCUAGGGGGGGGCCCUGUCUCGGCGGGCGCUGAGGACACCCUUCCCAAGCGGCCCUUAGGAGCGACACAUGUCCUUCAAAUGCGGCAGCAGAUUCAUUUGCUCCUCGCAGUUGCCAACGUUUACAAGUGGGCCGGAUAUGCCCACUCCCCCUUCUUUGACAGGGUCGCUCGCAUCCUUAUGGCGGCUCCUGGGAGGGCCGCCCCUACGCUAGAGCCUUCAAGGGCGGACGCUCCAGAACAUCCCGAGGGUCCCGACGCAGCAAUGCAGCAGGGAAGAGUCGCUGAGAACAGGACAGAAGCAGCGCAUAGAAGGCAGCCGUCGCAGGCACCUUUGGGGUUUGCUGAGGCACACUCCGCUGGUCCCCCACGGGAAGGGGUCUCUGCUGCUGAAGUGCUCCGGUACAGCCCCUCGUUACUCUGUGCCUCUCUAAGAGUUUUAUCUUCUGUCACUCUUACCGAUGCGCGUGCCCUUGGGGUUCUUUGUGCGGAGGGGGCCCGGGGGGCCCCCCUGGCAUCUGCCGCGGAUAUCACGGGAAUGUCCGUGGCUGCAUCCAUGGGGGCGCCCCGGGCCCGUGAAACUGUUGCUUUGUUGGAGGCAGUCGCUGAAGAGGUGCGCCGCCGCCCUGAGUCCUUUUCCCUCUCCGAGUUGUCUCACUGUGUCUCGUCUUUCCGUCGUGCACUCCUGCAUAUUCCUUCUGCGGCGGCCUCUCUGACGUCCAGAGCUACAUCCCAUUUGCAGUUGGCAGCAAGGACCAGGCAAAGGGCCCUUCUGUCUCCUGACACGAUCUGCACCCUUCUGAAAGACAUUGUCUUUUUUUCCGAUCCCUUGGAGACGGACGGGAGCCUUCUUGGGGGUCAUGCCCCCGCUGAGGCCAGCGACCCCUCUGAACCUCAUGCACAGGAGAGACCGCAGGAAGCCCGCUGUGGCCAGAAAACUCUUACCGAGCCGCCAUUAAGGCCCCUUUUAGAUGCUGCAGUCGGCUACUUGGAAGAGGGAAUUGAUGGGAUCACCCCAGGAGCGGCCGCUGAUGCGGUUUUUGCGUUAUCUACAGUUCCGGGGGCUCCAGAACGCUACGAGUACUUGUUGUCCUUCUUGUUUCGAAAAGUUGGAAGAGAUACGUCGUGGGAGAAGGCGAAGGAGGAAACGUUCUGGAUCUUCCUGUCUCAAAAGAUCCUCUUUCCGUGGCUCCCGCAUGAAUUGCACCCCAGAUGCGUUCGUGAAGGGCUACGUGCGUGGUGCGUUUCUCGUGGCGGCUUGGGUUGUCCUUUUCCAUGCGAAGUGUCUGAGGCUUCUUCCCUGCUUCGGGCCCUUGGGGUGCAGCACCAAAAAAGGAUGCCCGUCAAAUACAGCCCCUAUGAGGCCGAUAUUGUCCUAAGAGCUGCAGACGGUUCCUUGUCGGCCUUGCUCGUGACGGACGACUGCGCCCGCAAUUCUUUUUCCCUUUGUGGGGGGGCUCACCUACUGUCGACUCACCUCAAACACUUGGGCUUUUCUCGCGUGCUCGGCAUCCCCAGAGGACCCUGGCGAAUGGCUAACAGUGAAGGCAAGAAGCAGAUCCUAAUUAAUCGCCUUGCAGCAUUGGAGGGGGCCACCGUCAACCAGCAGCAGCGGCAGCCUGCUGGAAACGCAUCGCAGGGAAUCUCCUCUACUACCAUGCAGAGAACUGCGUAG